AUGGCUCGGUUCGGGGAUGAUCUACCAACACGCUAUGGAGGUGGAGGGCCGGCCGGGGCUGGAAGAGGGAGCAGCCGGCAAGGUGGCCCCCAAGCCGGCCAAAGGAUGUAUAAGCAGUCGAUGGCUCAGAGGGCCCGGACUAUGGCUCUCUACAAUCCCAUCCCUGUCAAACAGAACUGCUUCACAGUCAACAGAUCCCUCUUCAUCUUCAGUGAAGAUAAUGUUAUACGGAAAUAUGCCAAGAGAAUAACAGAAUGGCCUCCAUUUGAAUACAUGAUUUUAGCUACAAUCAUAGCCAAUUGUAUUGUGCUGGCUCUGGAGCAACAUUUGCCGGAUGGAGACAAGACACCUAUGUCAGAGAGAUUGGAUGACACUGAGCCGUACUUUAUUGGAAUAUUUUGUUUUGAAGCUGGUAUAAAGAUCAUUGCUCUGGGGUUUGUUUUUCACAAAGGCUCUUACCUCCGAAAUGGUUGGAACGUGAUGGAUUUCGUUGUGGUCCUCACAGGGAUUCUAGCAACUGCUGGGACCGACUUCGACCUGCGGACCCUGCGAGCCGUCCGUGUGCUGCGGCCGCUGAAGCUGGUGUCAGGAAUCCCAAGUCUGCAGGUCGUCCUCAAGUCCAUCAUGAAGGCAAUGGUGCCUCUGCUUCAGAUUGGGCUGCUCCUCUUCUUUGCCAUCGUGAUGUUUGCCAUCAUCGGCUUGGAAUUCUACAUGGGGAAGUUUCACAAAACCUGCUUCUCUAAUGAGACAGACGGUGAAGAGGUGGGAGAUUUUCCUUGCGGAGAGGAGCCUCCUGCCAGGCAGUGCGAGAGUGGGACCACCUGCAGGGAAUAUUGGCAAGGGCCCAACUAUGGCAUCACCAACUUUGACAACAUCCUCUUUGCUGUGCUCACCGUCUUCCAGUGCAUCACCAUGGAGGGAUGGACCGACAUCCUCUACAAUACAAACGAUGCUGCAGGAAAUACCUGGAACUGGCUUUACUUCAUCCCUCUCAUCAUCAUCGGCUCUUUCUUCAUGCUCAACUUGGUGCUGGGCGUCCUAUCAGGUGAAUUUGCCAAAGAACGAGAGAGGGUAGAAAACCGUCGAGCUUUCCUGAAACUCCGUAGGCAACAGCAAAUAGAACGGGAGCUAAAUGGAUAUUUGGAGUGGAUCUUCAAAGCAGAGGAAGUCAUGCUGGCUGAGGAAGACAAGAACGCAGAAGAGAAAUCUCCUCUGGACGUGUUGAAAAGAGCCGCAAUAAAGAAGAGCAAAAACGACCUGAUUCAUGCUGAAGAAGGUGAGGACCAUUUCACAGACAUUUGCUCCGUUGGGUCUCCUUUUGCCCGUGCCAGUUUGAAGAGUGGGAAGAAUGAGAGCUCAUCCUACUUCAGGAGGAAAGAGAAAAUGUUCCGCUUCUUCAUCCGGCGCAUGGUGAAAGCCCAGAGCUUCUACUGGAUCGUGCUCUGCGUGGUUGCCCUCAACACGCUCUGCGUUGCGAUGGUGCACUAUGAUCAGCCAGAGAAACUCACCACUGCUCUGUAUUUCGCCGAGUUUGUUUUUCUGGGUCUGUUCCUUACUGAGAUGUCUUUGAAGAUGUAUGGACUGGGACCAAGAAAUUACUUUCAUUCCUCAUUCAACUGCUUUGACUUUGGGGUCAUUGUGGGAAGCAUCUUUGAAGUCAUCUGGGCUGCAGUGAAACCUGGUACCUCGUUUGGCAUCAGCGUGCUGAGAGCUCUGCGGCUGCUGCGGAUUUUCAAAGUCACCAAAUACUGGAACUCCCUGAGGAACCUUGUGGUCUCCUUGCUGAACUCCAUGAAGUCCAUCAUCAGUUUGCUCUUUCUGCUGUUCCUCUUCAUUGUGGUGUUUGCUCUGCUGGGGAUGCAGCUCUUUGGAGGGCAGUUCAAUUUUAGAGACGAAACACCAACCACGAAUUUCGAUACUUUUCCAGCUGCCAUCCUCACAGUGUUCCAGAUCCUGACUGGGGAGGACUGGAACGCAGUGAUGUACCAUGGCAUAGAGUCACAGGGCGGUGUCCACUCGGGGAUGUUCUCCUCCAUUUACUUCAUCGUCCUGACGUUGUUUGGUAACUAUACACUCCUGAAUGUCUUCUUGGCCAUCGCCGUUGACAACCUGGCCAAUGCCCAAGAGCUGACCAAGGAUGAGGAGGAGAUGGAGGAAGCCACCAAUCAGAAGCUCGCCCUGCAGAAGGCCAAGGAGGUAGCAGAAGUCAGCCCCAUGUCUGCAGCCAACAUGUCCAUAGCCGCCAAGCAGCAGAACUCCUCCAAAUCCAAGUCGGUUUGGGAGCAGCGAACCAGCCAGAUUCGGAUGCACAAUUUCCGAGCCAGCUGUGAGGCUCUGUACAAUGAACUGGACCCUGAGGAGCGGGUGCGCUACGCCACGACCCUGCACAUCCGUCCAGACAUGAAGACCCACUUGGAUCGGCCACUGGUGGUGGAGCCAAGGGGUGAAGGGAGGAACAACAUCAGCAAGCUGAGCCCUGUGGAUAUGCAGGAGGUGGAGCAGAUCAAGGUCAGCUCUACUGAUGGAGCAGAAGCUCCUCGGAAGCAUCACCGGCAUCGGGAUAAGGAGAAAUUGGGAGAGCAAGAGAAAGGUGAUGUGACCAAAGAUGAGAAUGGGGAAUCUGGCAUCAACAAUAAGGAGGAGAGACACAGGCAGCACAGAAGUCGCAGCAAGGAAGUGGAAGGGGGCAGCAAGGAAGGGAAAAGUGAGCGCAUCAGGGGCCAGGAAGGAGGGAAGAGGCACCAUCGCCGGGGGUCAGUGGAAGAAGGCACUGAAAAGGAGCACCGGAGGCACCGCACGCACCGGCACUCUGCAGAACGGCAAGGCAAGGAGGGCAAUGGGACCAUCAAUGGGGCCAGGAGCGAGCGGAGAACCCGGCACCGUGGAGGGUCAAGGUCUGGGAACCGGGAAGGAGAGCCCGGCUCCAAGGGUGAGAAUGGAGAGGAGCCUCACAGACGGCACCGGUUCAGGAGCAGGGCGUUGUCGACGUACGAUUCGGUGGAGAAGGAGAACAGGGAGAAGGAAGGGGAGACUGCUGAGAAGGAGCACCAGAAUCAUCAGCCCAAGGAGAAUCAGUGUGAGAUUGAGGCCAGUGGGAGUGUGAGCAUCCCGGUGCACACCCUUCCCAGCACCUAUCUGCAGAAAGUGCCGGAGCAGCCAGAAGAUGCUGACAACCAGAAGAACGUGACACGCAUGAUUCAGCCGCCUCUGGACAAAACCACCACUGUGAACAUCCCUGUCACCAUCACUGCCCCGCCAGGAGAAACCACCGUCAUUCCCAUGAACAGCGUUGAGUUUGAAAGUAAAGCGGAAGAGAAGAAGGACGUUGAUGACUUGACAAAAAAUGGGCCUAAACCAAUCUUGCCUUACAGUUCCAUGUUCAUCCUAAGUCCUACGAACCCGAUCCGGCGUCUCUUCCACUACAUCGUCAACCUGCGCUACUUCGAGAUGGUCAUCCUCAUCGUCAUUGCCCUCAGCAGCAUUGCCCUGGCAGCAGAAGACCCCGUCCAAGCAGAAUCACCGAGGAACGAUGCUCUGAAGUACUUGGAUUAUAUUUUUACGGGUGUCUUUACCUUCGAGAUGGUAAUCAAGAUGAUUGACCUGGGGCUGUUACUCCACCCUGGCUCCUAUUUCCGUGACCUGUGGAACAUCUUGGACUUCAUUGUGGUCAGUGGGGCCUUGGUGGCAUUUGCCUUCUCAGGAACCAAAGGCAAGGACAUCAACACGAUCAAGUCGCUGCGGGUUCUGCGGGUCCUGCGACCACUGAAGACCAUAAAACGGCUGCCAAAACUAAAGGCUGUCUUUGACUGCGUGGUGAAUUCCCUGAAGAACGUCCUCAACAUCCUCAUUGUUUAUAUGCUCUUCAUGUUCAUCUUUGCUGUCAUUGCUGUGCAGCUCUUCAAAGGCAGAUUCUUCUACUGCACCGAUGAGUCGAAAGAGCUGGAGAAGGAUUGCAGGGGUCAGUACCUUGACUAUGAAAAAAAUGAGGUGGAGGCGCAGCCCAGAGAAUGGAAAAAAUACGAGUUCCAUUACGACAACGUGCUGUGGGCUCUGCUGACACUUUUCACUGUCUCCACAGGAGAAGGGUGGCCAACUGUGCUGAAGCACUCAGUGGAUGCUACCUACGAGGAACAGGGUCCCAGCCCUGGCUACCGAAUGGAAAUGUCUAUCUUUUACGUGGUGUAUUUUGUUGUCUUCCCUUUUUUCUUUGUGAACAUCUUUGUGGCGUUAAUCAUAAUCACCUUCCAAGAGCAAGGAGAUAAAGUGAUGUCAGAAUGCAGCCUAGAGAAAAAUGAGAGGGCCUGCAUUGACUUCGCCAUAAGUGCCAAGCCGCUGACCCGCUACAUGCCUCAGAACAAGCAGUCAUUUCAGUACAAGAUGUGGAAAUUCGUGGUGUCCCCUCCCUUUGAGUAUUUUAUCAUGGUCAUGAUUGCACUCAAUACUAUUGUUCUCAUGAUGAAGUUCUAUGAUGCUCCAGAAGCAUACGAAGAAAUGUUGAAAUGCCUGAAUAUUGUCUUUACAUCCAUGUUUUCAAUGGAGUGUGUGCUGAAGAUCAUUGCCUUUGGUGUGCUGAACUAUUUCCGAGAUGCCUGGAAUGUCUUUGAUUUUGUAACAGUGUUGGGAAGUAUUACUGAUAUUUUAGUAACAGAGAUUGCGGUAAGUACAGACAACUUCAUCAACCUCAGCUUCCUGCGGCUCUUCAGGGCAGCAAGACUUAUCAAACUCCUUCGCCAGGGUUACACUAUCCGCAUCUUGCUCUGGACGUUUGUGCAGUCAUUUAAGGCCUUGCCUUACGUGUGUCUUCUCAUUGCAAUGCUCUUCUUCAUCUAUGCCAUUAUUGGCAUGCAGGUAUUUGGAAACAUUGCACUAAAUGAUGAAACCUCCAUCAAUCGGCACAAUAAUUUCCGUACCUUCCUUCAAGCCCUGAUGCUUCUGUUCAGGAGUGCCACAGGGGAAGCCUGGCAUGAGAUCAUGCUGUCAUGCCUGAGCAGCAGGGCCUGCGACCCGCUCUCUGGCCUCACCAAGAACGAAUGCGGCAGCGACUUCGCCUAUUUCUACUUCGUGUCGUUCAUCUUCCUCUGCUCCUUCCUGAUGUUGAACCUGUUUGUGGCUGUAAUCAUGGACAACUUUGAAUACUUGACAAGAGACUCCUCCAUCCUUGGGCCCCAUCAUUUGGAUGAGUUUGUUCGUGUCUGGGCUGAAUACGACCCAGCUGCCUGCGGGCGCAUCAGUUACACAGACAUGUAUGAGAUGCUGAGACACAUGUCCCCACCUCUAGGCCUUGGAAAGAAAUGCCCUGCUCGCGUUGCCUAUAAGCGCCUGGUGAGGAUGAACAUGCCCAUCUCACCCGAGGAUCUGACAGUCCACUUCACCUCCACGCUGAUGGCCCUGAUCCGCACUGCUCUGGAAAUCAAGCUUGCCUCAGGGGGUGUUAAGCAGCACCAGUGUGAUGCUGAGCUGAGAAAGGAGAUCUCUCUGGUUUGGCCCAACCUGUCCCAGAAGACACUGGAUUUGCUGGUGCCUCCUCACAAACCUGAUGAGAUGACUGUGGGGAAGGUCUACGCAGCGCUCAUGAUAUUUGACUUCUACAAACAGAACAAGAACAGCAGGGAACAAGUCCACCAGCCUCCUGGGGGGCUCUGCCAGCCCGGACCGGUGUCACUCUUCCACCCCUUGAAGGCCACUUUGGAGCAAACCCAACCCUCAGCCUUCAGCAAUGCGAAGGCAUUCCUGCGCCAGAAAAGCUCAGCCUCGCUCAACAACGGGGGCACGUUGCCAGCCCCAGAGGGUGGGAUCAAAGAGUCCAGUUCCUGGGGAACCCAACGCACCCAGGAUGUGUUUUAUGAAACCAGGACCCCAGCUUUUGAACGAGGCCACUCAGAGGAGAUCCCCAUUGAACGGGUGGUGGAAAUGAGGGAAAUCAGCCCCACGCUUGCCAAUGGAGAGCACCAACCAGGGCUGGAGAGCCAGGGUCGGGCGGCUUCCAUGCCGCGCCUGGCUGCCGAAACUCAGGGCCUGAUUCAUACAGAAAGAAGUGAGCAGCCCAUGGCUGUGAGCCAUUCCCCAUUGCUCUUCGUAUGAAGCAGAACACAGAGGAUGUGCUGCCCCUCAAAACUCAAAGGCCAUGUAUUGCACAGGUGGAAAUGGCUCCA